AUGAUGUCAUUUAACCAUUACGGUUACAACAGUUUGAAACACGAACAGACCAACAAACGGCUGAGGACCGCCGACUACGACCGAGAAUCACGAACCACCAACAGUUCCGUGUCGUCGUACGAAGACGGCCGCCGCAAGAACGCCGAAACGCAGCCCAAUCACAUACUUUUGUUGACCAUCACCAAAGUGACGUACCCGAUAAACACAGACGUCAUCCACACCAUUUCCAAAGACCAUGGUAACGUUCUGCGCAUAGUUAUAUUUAGGAAACGUGGUGUACAAGCCAUGGUAGAAUAUGAAGAAGUGGAACAGGCCAUACGGGCCAAGCAGUUGAUGGACGGUGCCGACAUUUACCAGGGGUGCUGUACACUACGGGUAGAAUACGCUAAGCCGUCCAAGCUUAACGUUUACAAGAACGACUCCGAAACGUGGGACUACACCACACCGAAUCCUGGCGAGAAGAAAACUGCACCUUUGUUACCGGACCCUCCUAGAGCUCCUCUCAUAUCUACUCGACCUACAUUCCCUCGAUUUGAUUUCGAAUGUCGGGGUGGACUGUUAUCUACACCACAUGAUUUACCUAAUAAUAAUUAUGGAGAUAGCUAUCCAGCAGCACCUGGGCGUUGUGUACUAAUGGUCUAUGGUUUAGAUCCUGAUAAAGCAAAUUGUAAUCGACUGUUUAAUUUGUUUUGUUUGUACGGAAACGUAGUUAAAAUUAAAUUUUUAAAAAGCAAGGAAGGUUGUGCAAUGGUACAGAUGGACAACGAAAUGUCUGUAGAUCGUUGUAUGGAUAAUUUGAAUAAGCUAACACUUAUUAGUGGUAAUGUGUUACAGCUGCAAGUAUCAAAGCAAAUGUAUUUGUCUGACAUUAUGGUACCAUAUGAUCUGCCUGAUGGCACUCCAUCAUUCAAAGAUUAUUCCAAUUCAAAAAAUAAUAGGUAUCAUUCAAAUUCUAAUGGAAAAAAUCGGCGUCAGACCCCAUCCAGUGUGUUGCAUUUCUUUAAUGCUCCACCAAACAUAUCAGAAGCCGAUUUAUCCCAGACAAUAAGCAAAGCUGUAAAAGAUGUUGAUCCAAAAAUUAUCAUUAAGAUGUUUCCACCCAAAGGUACAGAAGCACGUAGCUCAUCUGGGCUUGUUGAGUUUACAGAUAUGGCUGUAGCUGUGGAAGUGAUAAUGGCUGUCAACCACUGGCCGAUAAAAUGUGAAUCAUCUAAGUUUCCAUAUUUACUCAGACUAUGUUUUUCAUCGCUACCCAAAGGAAUAGCGAAUGCCGAGAUGGCACAGUGACAUUGCGCUGCUUAAUGAACUACCGUAUCUCAUGUUUGUCAAUUAUUACUUUUUAGUGCAUAAUAUUGGGUUAUUUUUAUUUUUUAAAGAGAAAUCGACUAUGUUUCACAUUUCCUAUUAAUAAGUUAAAAGGACUAUGGUUAAUGUCUACCACCCACUUAAAAUGUUUUUCAUAUAUUUAUUAUUAUUGAAUAUAAUAAUUGUUUUUUUUUCUGUA